ACCCGCAGCGACUGCAAACCCCGGAAGGCAGAGCCGGGGCAGCGCCCCACGGCGCCUUUGCGAGUGCACAAAUACAUCGGCACGGCCCCACCCCUUAGUUUGCGCAUGCGCGCUCCCCGGCAGCAUGGCGGCGAGCGGGCUGUCGGCUGAGGUGGACGUGGGCCAGGUGGUGCUACCUGGGGACGUGCUGCUGCUUCCCGCAGCUCCCAACGCCGACGGGGAGCGGCUGCGGCUGGGCCCGAGCUCGGCGCCGCGGGGCAGGCUUCUGUGCGGGCCCGGGCUGCGUCGCUGCGCCGCGGGGCUGCUGGUCACGAAGUGCGGGCUGCUGCGCCACCGCCCGCCGGCCGGGGCCGGGACAGGCGGCGGUGCCUACUGGGUAGACUCGCAGCAGAAGCGGUAUGUCCCAGUCAAGGGAGAUCCUAUAAUAGGCAUAGUGACUGCCAAGGCAGGUGACAUCUUCAAGGUAGAUGUUGGUGGAAGUGAGCAAGCAUCUUUGUCAUACUUAGCAUUUGAGGGUGCAACCAAAAGAAACAGGCCAAAUGUUCAGGUGGGAGAUCUUGUAUACGGUCAGUUCAUUGUAGCAAAUAAAGAUAUGGAACCAGAAAUGGUCUGCAUAGAUAGCAGUGGAAGAGCAAAUGGAAUGGGUAUAAUUGGACAUGAAGGCCUACUAUUCAAAGUCUCCUUAGGGCUAAUAAGAAAGAUCCCAGAGAAGUUAUCUCCACCCCUCAGGACUGGAUUCACCAACAGAGUGGUCUCCUCCAUCUCUUUGUGGCUCUUUCCCCAAAUCUGGGAACUGGGGCUUUCCUCUAAGCCCUGGGGUUGGUUCCUCCCCUCGUCUCUGGACGUCCUCUCUAUCGUCAUCUUGCUCUCCUGAAAGGCAGACGCUGCUGGGUGUCCUGGACACUGACCACCUAUGAGAAAUCUAAGGGGCGGAGGGUUGUUAGGCCUCCUCAGACAGCCAGGGCCUUUUGUGUGUUAUCUCUGUUAGGGGUGGAUUUUGGGGUCCAGGAUAUACAUAGAGCUACAGCCCACCCUCCUAUACCCUAUAAAUAUACUAAGGCUCCAGUAAAGUUCAAAAGUAUAUUCUAAACUCAAGAUCACAACAAAACUAGACUAACAGUAGGAAACAUGCAUAACAUCAGGCAUUAACUAUAUACAUUUGUUAACUGCCAUACACCAUAACCAGGCCUGCCAGGGGGCAGCGAAAGGCAGUGUCGGGGCCUUCACAGGUUCGCUGAGCUGGGGUGCCAGUCAGGCCCUCAGCCUGUUCCCUCAGAGGGUCUCAGACCGAGAGCAAGGGAAGGGUGAUAAUUACCAGUCUAGUGGAAGAUGGAGGUCCUGAUCCAAUAACACUUCUACCGGUAAGUAUCCAAUUAUACCCAAUCGAAUAGGUCAUCCCUCUCUCUCACUGCUACAGUCACUGUUCAUACGCCUCAGACACAGAGGUGUGAUCACCAUCCGAGUAGACUCUUGCACCAUUCAAACCUCAAGUACUCUCAAGCAUCCAUAUUCCAUUUGUGUGCCAAAUCACUCCUCAGGAUUCCUUAAAUGCUCACCAAAAUCCCAUUGUGUCAGUCAUUCUUCUCGCCAAUCAUACUCGUGCACAGAACGCCCUAUUAUUGUGCUCCGCACUCACAUGUAGCACAUGGCAGUCUACAACCACACAAGCUACUGUGCAUGCUCCCCAGAUGUAAGUGGGUCACUGACAUCCUCAAAGUGGAAAGUUCAGCUAUUCUAGAACCUUCCUGCUUCUAAUCACUGUGCACGUGCUCAGGAGGGAUCUCAUGUUAUGGACCACAUCCAACAGAUCCCCUCCUUAAUGGGUUCUGGGCCUUGUGUACAGAUCCCAUCACAGCAAUAUAAGUAUCAGGCAUCUUGGGCUGCAGGCUUCCUUUUAGCAAAAUGUCCAGGUGGGCAACACCUGGCAGAGGGUGACCUAGGACAGCACUGUUCUCAAGACCCACAGCUCUCCUGAUGCUGCAUCCAUAUGGUUCAUUUGUUUAGCAAUCCAAGUCUAUAUGCUGCAUCAAUUCCAGGUAAAUCAAGGUGUGUCUUAUCUGUUCAUUCCUCUUUCACUAAUGCUUUCAUUCUCUUAUAGAGUCUAUGCCAGGCACACCACAUCCCAAUCAUGCAGAUUAACAUAAUAACUUCACAUACAAUCAAUAUUACUAUGAAUGUAGCAUCAAAUUUAAAACACCUGUUUCUGUGGGAGACCAUCCCAGGAAUGGCUCCCACCACACAUGUCUCCCUAGUUUUUCAACCUUAUUCAAAAUUUUCAUAAUUUGUUCAUUAUCAUGGGAGACCUCAAUGAUCAAUUGUCUGGCUCUUUUCUCAUUUUCCUUCAGCAUGCUGACCAACUCUGGUUGAUGUAACAAGUCUUGGACUACUCUCAUUGACAUUCCUAGAGGAACUGUUUCCAAAGCUUUAAACAUAGUCCAAUAAACUCUUUACAUACGAUAGCCAAUCACAUAGAUUUAACUCAAAGUCACACCCUUGGAUGCUCUUUAUACAUUGCAUACACAGUGGCAUUAUACCAAUAUAUCUUAUAUUUAAACCAAUUAUUAAAAUGUUAUUUUCUGGGCAGUCCACCAGGCAGGUAAUGAUGACUGUCAUUCCUGUAGGUAUCAUAAUCCCUGGGAUACCCAAUUGCAUAAUAUUCACUCCAGAGUGUUAUACCAUAGACCAGGGCCUCAGAUUCCAUUGUAUAGUCGUGAGGAUCUCCGGUUUGGCCUUGAUGUCUGAGAUACCAUAAUCACGAACACUUUUUCCUGGAUUGUAGCCACAGUGGGCUCCUCUGUUCAUCGACGAGCUGAUAACCACUGGCCGCCGCCACCUUGUUGCUGCCACAUUAUCAGGCACAUCUCCAGGAUGAUCACCAUCACCAUAGUUGUCUACAUUUUUUCUUGUGAAGCCAAAUAACAAAAGUCAUAUCAAACUGUUUCUUUAUUCAUUGUCCCUUUCACUCCUUUAGUUGGGAUGAGUUGAGCCAUUUUUUAAUCUUAUUGCGCUUUAUUUCCAACACGUAGACCGUGGGACUAGCUUUGUCCACAAUCUGAACAGGAUCUAACCGUAGAGGCGAAAAAGCAUGCUUUUGCUCCGAAAAAGCUCUGUACAUCAUGAGGUCCCCAGUCUCCCAUGCAACAAGGUCUUUUUGUCAGACGAAGUACUUGUCCAUCUGGGUUUUGUUUACACACAGUGUGUGUGUUACGUGGAUUUGUACAUUUUUUAUAUUUUCCAUCAGGUCCUUUACCCAGGACUCAGUCAGAACCUUGGACUGCCAAUCAUUUGGGACACCUAGGUCUACCCACCAUCUCUUGGGUAGCCUCAUGUUUCACAGCCAGAUGAGGUGUUACCCCAUGGCUAGCCGUAAGCCUUUUCAAAACCAUAAGGAUGAUGGGCAGCCUUUCAUCCCAAUCAGUCCCAUAUGCGUUGACCACUUUGCACAAUGCAUUCUUAAUUGUCCUCUUGCUUCUCUCAAGGCCUGAACUCUGAGGGUGCCCAGGUAUAUGCAGCCUGUGCUGAAUGAGGUCUACACUGGCCUAUUAUCUUCUGGGCAGUUUCCUCCUUUGAGGUCACUUGUAUGGCAGCAAAACCGGUUAUGGCCCGACCUUCACUAAAAACAACUGCUGUCCACAAACCAAAUCAUGUCAGCUUCCUGGAGCACUUGUUCACUCAGCUGAGGCUUGCCCUUAAAAAUACCUUUCAGAGGUUCUGAGCAUACCUCGGCUAUUGGGCACUCAUGCUCGCUACCUGUAAUUACCAGGGCAUAAGGUGCCAUGGGGGUUAGGAACAGUCUCCCAUGUGAUGGUCCGGUUGGACAGGACAAUCGUCCAACAUGCCAGAUGCAGAGUUGAUACCCCUGCAUCUCUGGCUUUUCCUGAGACUACAUAUUUAGCUGGUGAGUGUUGAUCUUAAUACUACAGGGAACAUACCUAUUAAAUAGUCCCAAUGACCCAGGGCCCAAACUAAAGCCAAAACCUCACGCUCACAUGGACUAAAAUUCCUUUCAACUUCGGAUAAUUCCCUACUACUGUAUGCUACUGGUUUCCUAGUUGUUCCUAACUGGUGGUACAGGAUAGUUCCAACAUGAGUGUGGGUGGUAGCCAGCUCCAAGUAAAAUGGUUUUCCCAUGUGAGGGUAAGCCAGAGCCCGGACCAUGGUUCUCUUCAAUGCCAUGAAGGCUUGCUUUUGUUCCUGGCCCCACUGCCGAGGAACUCCUUUUGUUAGAAGUAUAUACAAUGGCACAGCAACACUGACAAAAUUCUCAAUUAAUUCCCACAGGAAACCUAUUAAACCCAAAAAUGACCUCAGGGUGCUUUGGUCGGUGGGUGCAGGCAAAUCACAUAUUAGUUUAAUUCUAUGUACAUCUGGACUAUGUCCAUCGCAUUCAAGUUUCAAACCUAAAUAUUGCACGCUUUAUUGACACAUUUGAGCCUUCUUUGGGUUCACAUUAAAACCUGUUCUAUAUUACCCAGUA